AUGGGCUCUCGAAUUGUGGAUUUCUUUGCCAAUAGAUGGGUUGGUCCGAACAAAACCCAGUCGAUCGAACCCGAGAUGUCAGGAGUAACGACACCUACAACUUUACCCGAAUCACUUGAAGAAGCGACAACGGGCGCUUCUAGUGCACCUUCGCGACAACAGUCUAGUCCACCUACCUCGCCUGUGACAAAAUCCGAAUCCGAAGAUGUGAUAAUGGAAGAUGUUGAGAAGGAGAGCGAGUUGGAGAAACCCGUUGUUGCGGAGGGGGACGGUGAUGAGGAUGAGGAUACGGAGGGCAUGGAUAUGAAGGCUAGAGCGUUGACGAAGUUACUCCAAACCAGCUCCGUCUUCGUGGCUAUCAUGUCCGAUAAGAUGAAAGCGCAACAAAAACAACAGCAAGAAGCAGCUAAGAAAGCAGCAGCCAAGAAACAAGCAGCGGUAGCGAAGGAACCUCCAUCAACAACCGGACGACGCAGUUCUCGUCUGAAAAGUGGUGAAGACGCCGAAGGAGUUCCCGAUCAGAAACAAUCAAAGAAGGCAACCACAAAAAAGGUCGCCAAAAAGAAUGCCGUCAACAGCAAAAGUAUAUCGAGCUAUUUCAAGAAAGCUGAUGUAGAUGUCGGCGGAGAUAACCCCAGCGUGCAGGAAGCAUUGGCGCAAGCAGCAGAUGAACUUGAGGCGAAACCAUCGGCUCUCGGUGAACAGGAAGGUCUCGUGGCCACGGAGCAACCUUCGCUGGUGACCGGCGGGAAAAUGCGCGAGUAUCAACUAGAAGGUUUAGAGUGGAUGAAGUCACUUUGGAUCAAUGGCCUGUGUGGUAUCCUUGCCGAUGAAAUGGGUCUCGGCAAGACCGUUCAGACAAUCUCACUGAUGGCUUUUUUCAAAGAGAAUAACAUCUCUGGUCCCUUCUUGAUCGCAGCACCAUUGAGCACGGUGAGCAAUUGGGUUGAUGAAUUCCAAAGGUGGACACCUAGCAUCAAAACAGUCUUGUAUCAUGGAUCUAAGUCUGAGCGUGUGGAACUUCGGAAACAGAUGAAGUUGAAGGAUCAGAAGGAGGCCGAUUUUCCUGUUGUUUGCACGUCGUACGAGAUUUGUAUGAACGAUCGUGCGUUUCUUGGGCAGUUUUCGUGGAAGUAUAUUGUUGUGGACGAAGGCCACCGUCUGAAGAACAUGAACUGCAAACUGAUCAAAGAGCUACUCACUUACCACUCUGCAAACCGAUUGCUCAUAACCGGAACGCCGUUACAAAACAACAUCUCCGAACUAUGGUCAUUACUACACUUCCUGCUUCCCGAAAUCUUCAACGACCUGGACAGCUUCGAGAGCUGGUUCGAUUUUUCUUCUGUCCUAGACAAAAAUGGCCAAAGAGAUGUGAUUGAGAGACGCAAACGUAAUCUCGUCACUACAAUGCACUCUAUCCUCAAACCAUUCCUGUUGCGACGAGUCAAGACCGAUGUUGAGACCAGUCUACCUAAGAAAAGAGAGUACAUUCUAUACGCUCCACUGACAUCAGAGCAAAAGGAACUCUACAGAGAGAUUCUGAGUGGUACUGGUCGUCAGUACUUGGAGAACAGGGCAAUCGAACGUAUCGAGGCCCGAAGUGGGCGAGUUUCUCGCUCGACCAGUUUGAAAAGAAAAGCCGACGAUAGCGGUUCAAUGACCCCCUCGAGCAAGAGCGUAAAAUCUACUCGAUCUUCAACACCAGGCAGCAUUAGCGGCCGAGCGCGAAAGGGUCGUCAAAGCUACAGGGAGAUUGGUGAUCGAGAAUUCAAUGCUCAGCUUCGCAAACUCGAGAAUGGUAUUGAGGACGAAGAAGAAAAGGAAGAGUCUCCUGGUGAGACCGAACAAGAAGAGAUUGAGCGUGCCAAAACCAUCAAAUUGGCCAAGAAGGAGAUUGGUAGCAAAAAACUUCAGAAUCCAAUUAUGCAGGCCCGUCUGGCGUGUAACUCUCCGCACAACUUUUACUGGCCUUGGGGUGACGAUUCUUCCACAGUUGACGAAACACUUAUCACCGCUUCCGGAAAGAUGCUGCUUCUCGACCGCUUGGUACCCUGUCUCAUGAAAAAGGGCCACAAGAUUCUCAUAUUCUCUCAAUUCAAAACCCAGCUCGAUCUCAUCCAAGACUGGGCAACUCAACUCCGCGGCUGGAACUGUUGUCGAAUCGACGGUGGAGUCAGCCAGGUCGAUCGUCGAGCUCAAAUCAAAGCUUUCAACAGCAACAAGAACUUCAAAAUCUUUUUGCUGUCUACUCGCGCCGGUGGACAAGGUAUCAAUCUAACAGCUGCCGACACCGUCAUUCUCUUCGACUCGGACUGGAAUCCGCAACAGGACCUCCAAGCGCAGGAUCGCGCACAUCGAAUCGGCCAAACACGGCCAGUCAUCGUCUACCGUCUCGCAACCAAGGGAACAGUCGAACAAACUCUUCUCGAAAAGGCAGAUUCUAAACGUCGUCUCGAACGUCUCGUCAUUCAGAAGGGCAAAUUCAAAAGCCUGCUUGACAACAACACCACCCCAAACGACGUUGAAGAUAUCCGCAAAGCUUUGGGCGAAAAUGAAUUUGAGCAAUUCCAUAUUCAGUCUGAUGAUCCAGAGUCUAUUCUUUCGCAGCAUGAUCUUGAUAUUUUGACGGAUAGAAGUGAAGAGGCCUACUUGCGUGCUGAGAAGGGUCUGGAGGAGAGUAGUGGGCGAGCUUUUCAGGCUGUUGAGACGAAGGAGGAUCAAGGGAUUAUGGCUGAGUUGACUGUUCGAUAG